AAUGUAGAACAUGAUAUACGGUAUACUGUUUAAUGUAGAACAUGAUAGUAGACGGUAUACUGUUUAAUGUAGAACAUGAUAGUAGAUGGUAUACUGUUUAAUGUAGAACAUGAUAGUAGAUGGUAUACUGUUUAAUGUAGAACAUGAUAGUAGACGGUAUACUGUUUAAUGUAGAACAUGAUAGUAGACGGUAUACUGUUUAAUGUAGAACAUGAUAGUAGACGGUAUACUGUUUAAUGUAGAACAUGAUAGUAGACGGUAUACUGUUUAAUGUAGAACAUGAUAGUAGACGGUAUACUGUUUAAUGUAGAACAUGAUAGUAGACGGUAUACUGUUUAAUGUAGAACAUGAUAGUAGACUGUAUACUGUUUAAUGUAGAACACAGCCAGGGGUUCUAUUAGUGACCAUGAGGAUUUGAUGAGUUACUCUGAUCAAAACGUGACGUCACAUAUGAAAAAAGUUUAUCUGAUGUCAUUAUGUUAAUUUUACCCAGUCACUGAUUGUUCUCAGCAACUCUUAACCAAAUAUUUAUCCACCAACCUGUAUUUGUUACUGAUAAAUCAUUGUUUUGUUAAGGGGCCCAGAGUUAUAUAUGUUCAGGAUAAACUCCAGUCCCUACACAAAAAUGACUGACACUGUAUUCAUUGUGUACCUCUCCCAUGACUGGAAUGUUAUGGGGCAAUGACUGCAUCCCAAACAGAACCCUACUUCCUUUGUAGUGCACUAUAUAGGGAAUGGUCUGCCAUUUGAGACUGCAAUUCUGUUGAACCUUUUGUUCUGGGCUGCCUUUGAAUAAGUUACUGUACCUGUUGACCUUUGAUCUGUGAAGUGUCUGUCUGUGAAUAAAGGUAGCUGUCACCCUGUGAGCCUUUAAUGUCCUGUUUCUCAGAUCAUCCACAUUAACAAACACUCAAUGACAACAAACACAAACAACGGAGUAAAACAAUCACGUUCUGGGACAGUUGUACUAAGACUGCAUUUAUAAAUGAUAUUCCUCAAGAAUGAAGGAGAAUAUAUCAUUCAUUGAAUGACCAUUGUACAGAAGCAAAUAUUUCAGAUUGUACCUUAACAAGAUGGUACCUUAUCAGCUACAGUAAGACGUUGUUCAGUAGAUUUGGUGACCAGAGAAAGACAUACAGCCAUAGAGAAAGGACAGUUGUAUUUGUACUAUGUGGAUACACACCAACACACCUGUGACUUCCAGGUGUGCUCAAGUACUCUAUGAAAUGGGAUUCAAACGAGGAAGCUCAGCAGAACGAGCAUUGCAGUGUCACAUAUAAACACACAGUGACGUUGCAAAUGUGGUCCAGGUCAAGAGGCAGUGCUGGUUACUACACACUGUUUUACUAGACAACAGAGCAGCGGUUCUAUCCUAGGGUUGUAUAGAGUUCUAUCGCGGUCAUUGUUGUUACGAUCCUGAUCAUAGGGUUCUAUCACGGUCAUUGUCGUUACGAUCCUGAUCAUAGGGUUCUAUCACGGUCAUUGUUGUUACGAUCCUGAUCCUAGAGUUGUAUAGGGUUCUAUCGCGGUCAUUGUUGUUACGAUCCUGAUCCUAGAGUUGUAUAGGGUUCUAUCACGGUCAUUGUUGUUACGAUCCUGAUCCUAGAGUUGUAUAGGGUUCUAUCGCGGUCAUUGUUGUUACGAUCCUGAUCCUAGAGUUGUAUAGGGUUCUAUCACGGUCAUUGUUGUUACGAUCCUGAUCCUAGGGUUGUAUAGUGUUUUAUUAGGUACUUCCAGGUCAGACGGUCCAACAGACCAACAACAAAUACAGACGGAACGUCUCCGUUACCUUAUAUGGUACACAAUAACAUGUUUUAUAUCAGAGAUUUAUGGAAGCAGCACAAGGUGUUCCUCAAUCCUCUGUCCUGUGACUGUUUGGAAACCUUCAGACCUGUUUGUACAUAAUAAAGAGGGAUCAGCUGUUCUCUCAGAACAUACCAUUCAUUCCCCAGUCCACCGUGGAUUUGAUCUGAUCGGGAUCUGAACUUGAAGAAUGAGAGAAGGGAUUGACAACCUUGUGUUCCAGUUUAUCAGUGUCUGGGUUCGGGAUCCUCGGAUUCAGAAGAAGGACUUCUGGCAUGCCCACAUGGACUAUGAAAUCUGUAUACAUACCAACAGUCUCUGCUUCACUAAGAAGAUCUCCUGUGUGAGGAGAAGGUACCGUGACUUCGUAUGGCUCCGGCAGAAACUACAGGCUAACUCCCUACUCAUGGUCCAGCUGCCUGAACUACCACCUAAGAACCCUUUCUUUAACCUGAACAACGCCCAGCAGAUCACAGAGAGGAUGAAGGGCCUCCAGAAGUUCCUUGAACUUACCAGAGUUCCAUUGGUCUUUCAUGCCAGGACCCUGGAGAGUAAUCUGCUUCUGUCAGACAGCUGUCUGCACCUCUUCCUGCAGUCGGAGCUAGGGGUGUCCCAGAUAGUGGCCUGCGCCUCGGGUAGAACCCAUUACUCUGUGUCCCAGGCCGUGCUGCGCUGCGGCUGCAAACUGCAACGCUUCCACUCCCAGGAGGACCUGUUAGAGACCAGCCGCAAGGAGUCCUGUGACUCCGACUCUGUUAGUGGGUUUGUAGAGCCGGCGCCCAGCAGUAAAGAUGGAACUGCUUCCUCACCCCCAGAGACCCUAGAUCUGUCUCUACCUGAUAGGACCAGACCUAACCCCGACCAGGAAGAGACCCUAGAUCUGUCUCUAUCUGAUAGGACCAGACCUAACCCCGACCAGGAAGAGACCCUAGCUCUGUCUCUACCUGAUAGGACCAGACCUAACCACAACCAGGACGAGACCCUAGCUCUGUCUCUACCUGAUAGGACCAGACCUAACCCCGACCAGGAAGAGACCCUAGAUCUGUCUCUACCUGAUAGGACCAGACCUAACCACAACCAGGAAGAGACCCUAGCUCUGUCUCUAUCUGAUAGGACCAGACCUAACCCCGACCAGGAAGAGACCCUAGCUCUGUCUCUACCUGAUAGGACCAGACCUAACCACAACCAGGAAGAGACCCUAGCUCUGUCUCUACCUGAUAGGACCAGACCUAACCACAACCAGGACGAGACCCUAGCUCUGUCUCUACCUGAUAGGACCAGACCUAACCCCGACCAGGAAGAAGACACUCUCAGCAUGUCUGCCUCUCCAUGGGAACAUCACCACCAACCAGGACAUGGUAGCUUACAAUAAUCUGCAUCCCAAAUGUCACCCGAUAGUGCACUACUUUGGACCAGAGCCCUAUGUAGGGAAUAGGGUGCUAUUUUGGACACUAUGUUUGCUCUCAUUUCAUCUUAAAAUAAUGUUCCCCUCCCACACAGCUAUUAAAAUAAGGCUUCCACACAGCUUUUAAAAUAAGGCUUCCAACACAGCUUUUAAAAUAAGGCUUCCACACAGCUUUUAAAAUAAGGCUUCCACACAGCUUUUAAAAUAAGGCUUCCACACAGCUAUUAAAAUAAGGCUUCCACACAGCUAUUAAAAUAAGGCUUCCAACACAGCUUUUUGUCAUCCAUUUCUCCAAACUACUGUCACCAUAACUACCUUGUCUUUCUGCCAUCAAAACGUUUUUUUUUUACUUCUAUUUUAUUCCAGAGAAGAUGAUGAAGAUGAUGAAUAUGUGUUUAUGUCUGUGUAGUUUUGUGAAAUAUUUGUAAAGUCCAAAAAUCUGAAAUAUGUAAAUAUUAGGAUACCUUCACUGUAAAUAAAGUCAGUUCUAAUGUU